AAUUCAUACUUUUACUGUAUUAAUAAGAACACUACCUAAAGCGAAUUUGGGGGAAAUUUGAUGGAUUUUCUGUGGUUGUGAGGCAUCUGUUAUAGUUCCAUUUCUGAGGAAUAAAUAACCAACAUUCUGCAUCGUAUAAUGUAAUACUUAAGUGAUCUGGCCCUGUAAUUACCCCACAGUAUAAUUUACUUAAGCCAAAAUAAUCUAAACAGUUGGGUGGUCUACUGGAAUGAGAAAAACUGAGGCAUAGAAACUUUUUACAUGACUGAACUAUGAUGAAAUAUAAUUUCUGAUUAAAUUUGGGGUUCUCACGGUGGUGAAGAAGGCAUUAUUGAUCUUUUGGGUAGUAACUCCAUGUGGGUUUUCAGAAGUUCACAUGGUGUUAACUACCUAGAAGAUAACAUUGACAUGAAUCCUGAUAAUUCUUUAUUCUGAUCAACAUCUACAGGCCAUUUUCAUUCUGUGUAUCAUUUGGUAAGCUAGGUACAGGAGUCUAAGUCCAUGGGGAAGAACCCCUGAAAUUGCAUGUACAAGGUGCUGGGCCCCAGGGAGCAAUGAGCCAAAGGCCUGGAGCACUGGAGCAAAACCCCACAGUUCAUUUUCUCCUUUGGGGAGUCCCUGAUGUUUGCCUAGUUGCUAGGCUGACAAACAGAUAUGGUCAGGCCCAUAAAGUGUUCUUUGCCUACACUAGAAUGUGAAGAACAUCUAAAAGAAAGUAAACAUUGCCUGGAAACUCAACCGUCAUGCCACCUGGGGUGGGUUUCAGGAAAUCUUUCACCAUGCUGCCAAUCACACAAGCCCUUAUAUGAAAUUGACCACAGGCAGGUGAUGGCAUUGGGGCUGACUGUGAUCUGUACCUGCCUUGUGCUCACUGUAACAAUUGUCAUUUGCUGCUUCUGGAGCCGGUGCCCUCUGUACAACACUUGUCGUGUGAACUACACGCAGGGUCACAUCAUUGCAUACUCCAAAGAAGAUGACCCUUUCAACUCCAUCAUGCAACCAAAUCCUGUGAAGAUCAAACCAGUGGAGGAUGUGUGACUCUUCUGUGUUUCAGAAAUGCUUUUCAGCUAGGAACAAAGACUAAUUACGUUUACGAGAUGGCAUAACCGUAUAAGCCGCCAAGAGCCCUUAUUUUAACUUUUAUUUUAAUUCUAGAAUAAUCUUAUUUGUGGCAUUCUAAGAAUCAAAUGAAGGUUGCCAACGCUGCCACAUCUAAUGUGUUCACUGUGAUGUUUAUAUUUCAUAUCAAUGUUUGGCAACGUAACGUUUUUAAACAAUCAUAUAUCCGUAGCAAUAUUUUUAGUGUUCUGUUCUCUACUCUUGAAUCUCAAAGCAUUCCUCAUUGGUCUGCGCUCUCAAUAGAGUAAAGUUGUAAGAUCUGCGAAUGAACACCAAAAAUGAUCUAGUUUUUAAUGUUGACACUUAUCCAAGCCGAGCUUUUGAAGUAUUUGCUGUAUGGAACAGAAGGAGCAAUUGUUACUUUGUGUAUGCAGAAAUGUAGGUUAUUUAUUAAGAUUGCUUAGCUUCAUAGUUCCUGAUCCUCCCCUCGCUUUGAACCACACACAAAUUUUUGGUUAUGAAGUCUCAGGUGUAUGUAAUACAGUAUUUAUUAUAUUGUUAUAAUUCACUUUACAUGACUGGGAAGUUGGAUGAAUGUAACAUCGAGUUUUACUGUCUGUGCUCAUAGCAUUUAUUGGAUAUAUUUUUCAGUAUUGAUACUUGGUAAUUUGCUCUCAAUUUGUUAGCCUUAAGGUACAAUUUGGCUACACGCAACAAAGACAAGCGACCGAGGCAGGCGACAGAGUUACGAGGCUGAGACUGGU